UUGAAUGCUUCUCCCUGUGGCUGUGGACCUGGAGCCUUUAUAAGGUGAGCCAGUGCACCCUCCUGUCCAGUCGCAGCUGCGAAGCCGGCCAGCCAUGAGGGUCUACUACCUUCUCUUUGUGUUGUUCUUCUUGUUCUUGCUGCCUGUUCCAGGCAGUGGAAGAAUCAUAAAUAUAUUACAAAAGUAUUAUUGCAGAAUGAGAGGCGGCCGGUGUGCUCUGUUUGGCUGUCUUCCGAGGGAGAUACCCUUAGGCCUUUGUUCCCACAGUGGUCGAAAAUGCUGCCGAAGGGAGAGAUGAAAAAUCCAGAAGCGCGAUAAGAACGUUGCCAGGUGUGAAAAUGCUCCCGCGGGGUCUAUAGAAGCCAAAUCAAAUUAAAGAUUUUUCACAAAAAAAUUAGAA